CCUAUGCCCUAUACGAGAUAAACGACAUGGUGGGAAAAAAAUGCGCCCAUUUGCAACAUUGGCCUCGGCCUGUAGCUUCGUUCGCAUCACAUCAUUUGCAGUCUAAACGCAUAUUCAGCCAUACCAUUACCACCAUGAUUACGUCAAUCUAUGCCCAACAUCUAGUCUGUAUAGAAACAUCGACGCCACCAACCCACCCUAUUCGCAAUUUCCUCGUACGCGCCACCCACCACUAUCCACUCCCUUUAUACAAAUAUAUAUAUAUGUGUACAAGUUUACCUAUUCUCUCUUUUCGUGUCACCCUCAAUCCCAACUGAAUAUUUUCCUUUGAAUUUUUGCCCUUUAAUUUUUUCCUUUCUGAUUUGAAAUUUCUUCAUCAGUUACACUUAUAUUCAUACCAAUGAUGUUUAGACUGUUGUACAACGCUCCGCAGAGUCUUAGACCCGCCCUCUUGAAGGUGAGAAGUGGGUUGAACCCUCAGAAGUCCGCCCAAACCCCCGGUGGCAACCCUUCUCAGUUGUUACAACAACAACGUUCCAUAACGGGGACUCCAGGCCAACAGCCUCGUACAAAGCAUAACAACAACCACAAGAACAACAACAAUAACAACAACAACCGUAACUCACGCCAGGCGGGCCACCAGGGCCGUGACCGUCCGUCAGUGAUUGAUUCCCUCAACUUUAAGUCUCCCCAAGACCCAAUCAUCUUGGAAGCUUUGAACCAUGAAUACCGUAGAAAAUUGGAUUAUUUCGAUGAACAAUUGGCGUUGGCUUUCCAAUACUACAAGAACCCAAAGCUUGAGCGUGAGCUCGUUGCCUGUGUGCACAACACGGUCCAGUUGAUGGAUGAAGACUUAUUCCGUCCCUUGUUAAGUACCAAGGAUCUUAACCUGUACUUGAGUUGUUUAAACAACGCCACUUUUGCUGCCAGAUCCUCUAGACUUAGAUCUAGUCGUAACCGGGACUCGGACAACUACAACAAUGCCAACUUACAACACGAUGUCAUGUUGAAAACUGCAUUGAUCAAGAUGAGUGAAUGGAUUGCUCAAGGUGAAUUCAAGGAAGUCUUGAAUGAACUGUGCUUGAGAAACUUAUUCUACACCAUGUUACAAUUCAAAUUACAACCAGAAAUGAUCCAAUUAUGGGAAAAUGGUGUCAAUGAUGAAGUUACUGGGAAAUUAUAUUUGGGUCAACUGGCCUUGGCAGUCAUUUUGAAAGUUGCCUUUGAAGAAGGUAGAUUUACUUAUGAAGAAGUAUUACAAAUUUUUGAAACUACUCAGAAAAAAGUUGAUAAUAAUAAUGAAAAUAAGAAUUCUUCCAAGAUUUCUCAUGAACUUCUUUCAUCAAUUGGACGUAUUUCCAUUGCUGCAGGCGACUACUCACGUGGUCUCGACUCACUUGAAUCACUUCUUGCAAUUUUUGAAUCUCAACCACGUCAUCGUAAUUUGAUUCUUCAUUCUCUUGCAGAACUUCAUUUGGCCUUUAUUGGUUCUUGUAAAGAUCUUACUAUUGCUCAACAUUUCUUUGAUAAGAUUGUUGAUGGUAACCUCCCAUACAAGGUUCGUCUUAAGGUUCCAUACGUUCAUUCUCUUCUUGAAAAUUGUUAUGAAUUGGAUGCUCCAUUUGAAAAAUUGGAAUAUUUCUGGAAACGUACCAUUGAUCAUUAUAAUGUUACUAGUGGAAAUGAAGCUGCUAAUUCUCGUUAUUCCAAUUUGAAUAAUGCUUUUUUCGGUCUUUUUUUCAAGAAAUAUCCUCAACUUACUGAAGAAUCUCAUGAAAAGCUUAAACUGAUCAUUUCCACUUAUACCAAUACUAAGGUUGUUGAUGAAAUUUUCCUCAACACUGUGAUCAGUAACUAUUCUUGGAAUGACAAGCAAGUUUUAGAACAACUUAUGCAAUCUUAUUCCGUUUAUAACGUGAAAAGAACCCCUGUUUCCUACAGAAUUUGUCUUAAAAAGACUGGAAUGAUUCAAGAAUACACUUCAGAAGAAAUUUUAAAUAAAUGGAAUGAAUCUUUACAAUUUUUAGAUGAUCAAAAAUUCUCAUAUAUCCCAAUUGCUGAUUGGGCUGCCUUGAGAGAUUCCACUAUUUUAAGUCAAUAUUCUACUGAAAGAAAAAAUCUUUAUCUUGCCGUUGCUGAUAAGUAUAAAGAUUACAUUCAAGAUUAUCGUACUUGUGUUCGUUUCUGCAAACAUUGGCUGAAACAACUGGAACAUUUCCGUGAUAUUAGAAAACUUUCAGAUCCAAAUAAUUCAUUUGAAUGUGAUGUUUCUAUUGAAAUCCCACAAUUUCUUCAUUUAAGAAAGAAUAUCGAUUUUAACGUUUUAUCAAGAGAAAUUCUUUCAAAGAAAUAA